AUGUCUGCACCACCCGGGCAGCCAUUUCAGACCUAUGGCUUCCAGACAUCCGUCGAUAUUGCCCGCCAGCGGACGUUUGAGGUAGUCCCAUUGGCUGGAAACAAGCGACCCCCGGACCCUUCUGCAGACGAUGAUCACAGGCCAGUGGGAGUAAAACAUCCUACAACUGCUCCUGGUGCGGUUGGUCGGUCGGUAGAUUUUAUCCGCCCCUCGUUCAUCCUUCCCAAGGCCCGUCUGGUCGCCAGCGACAUCUAUCCGGUUGCUGAGACGCCGCCGGUGUGUCGUGGCCAACAGCCGAAUGUGUUUCCUACCGACCAUGAUCCUGCACACAACCCCUAUUUGUCCCUGAAUCAUCCCACGUAUGGCUUGCCUCCAGGACUGGUGGCUAAUUUUGCCGCAGCUGGGCUCAGCAGUAUCUACCAGUGGCAGGCGUCAUGCCUUCUAGCGCCAGGUCUCCUCAAGGGCGACCGACAUUUAGUCUACACAGCCCCCACGGGCGGAGGGAAGUCUCUCGUGGCCGAUGUUCUGAUGCUCAAGCGUAUCAUUGAGAACCCCGGGCGCAAGGCUAUCCUUGUCCUUCCCUAUGUCGCCUUGGUACAAGAAAAGCUCAAGUGGCUCAGGCGCAUCGUACAGGAUCGAUCGAUUCGUGUCACUGGGUACUAUGGUGGAAGCAGGACUGCUGCAUCCUGGGCAGACACGGACAUAGCUGUCUGCACAAUUGAGAAGGCGAACUCCUUGAUCAAUUCCGCCAUUGAAGAGUGUAGCAUUGGCGACUUAGGCGUAGUCGUUUUGGACGAGCUACAUAUGCUUGAUGAUGAACAUCGCGGGUAUCUGCUGGAACUCAUGGUCACCAAACUACUUCUCUUGCGACAGAGGACCCAAAUUAUUGGCAUGAGUGCCACCCUAUCGAACACAGAGAUGCUUGCCGAGUGGAUGAAUGCCGCUUACUUUGUGUCGACAUACCGACCAAUCCCGAUUGAUGAUUACCUAGUUUACGAGAAUGCAAUUUAUCCUGCAGCAACCUCGAGACAGCUUUUCCAAACGAUCUCUAAGCUGAAGUCUAUGUCUAACGCAACUCUUAUGGAACGGAUGCCCCCAGACCGUGUUAUUCGUCCCUCGACCUUCCGCGAACUUGCAAACCCCAUGACAAAUGCGACUGUAGCUCUGGCGAUCGACACCGCUGGCGCCGGACAUGGCGCCUUGGUAUUCUGCGGUAGUCGCCAUAUGUGCCAGAUCCAAGCAGUUGUUAUGAGCGAAGCGAUGCCGGCCCCAGCGGACAACACAGAUGAGCUCACCAAGCGUUUAGACUUGCUUGCUGAGCUACGCAGUUUGCCUAGCGGCUUGGACCCGGUCCUCGAAAAGACGCUCGUGAGAGGCGUAGGGUUCCACCAUGCGGGGAUGACAGCUGAGGAGCGCGAACUGAUAGCGCAGGCGUACGACCAAGGUGUCUUACGUACACUCAUAGCGACCUGCAGUCUUGCGGCUGGUGUCAAUCUCCCGGCACGGAGAGUUAUCAUCAAUGGAGCCCGCAUGGGCAGGGAACUUGUCGGUCCCGCAAUGCUGCGACAGAUGUGUGGAAGAGCUGGUCGCAAAGGGAAAGACGAUGCGGGUGAGACUUACUUGAUAUGUGGGGAUAGCGACCUACAAGCGGUCUGCGACCUCUUAGAAGCAGAGAUGCCUGCCAUCGAAAGCUGCCUGGCCCCGGAGAAGAGAGGACUCAAGAGAGCACUUUUGGAAGCGAUUGCGACGGGACUUGUGUCCGGUAACGAUGCCAUCAAGGAAUACGUUAGAUGUACCCUUCUGUACCUGACAGUGGAUAAAAAAGUAGCCUACGCUAUCAUGGGUUCAGCGCUGCAAGAAUUGGCCACCGAGGGACUUGUACAACUGAAUGACGACGAAUCAUACUCGUCAACACAACUUGGCCAGGCAGUAGUGGCUUCGGCGUUUGCACCCGAAGAUGGUCUCUUUGUUUUUGAGGAGUUGAAGAGAGCGUUGCAAGCUUUUGUCAUGGACGGUGAUAUGCAUAUAUUUUACUUGUUCACGCCCUUGCAAGCGGCCACAGCCACUCCGAUCGACUGGCUUAUCUUUCGUGAUCAGUUGGACAACCUUGAUGAAAGCGGGCUACGUGCGUUGCAAUUUGUCGGUGUCAGUCCAGGUUUUGUAAAUACGAUGGCACAAAGUGGUGCAUCACUCAAGGAGAAUACGCCAGAACAGAUGAACCAGGCCAGGAUAUACCGCAGAGCGUACACGGCAUUUCAACUUCGGGACUUGAGUAACGAGAUGCCAUUGUCGGCAGUAGCCAAUCGCUAUCGGAUUCCGCGGGGGGCAGUUCAAACCCUGGCACAACAAUGUCAUGGCUUUGCUGCGGGUAUCGUGAAAUUCUGUCAGCGAAUGAAUUGGGGCAUGCUUGCGGCAGUCUUGGAUCAUAUGCGAGAUCGUCUGGAGGCUGGUGCGCGUGCUGAUCUGCUGGAAAUGGCGCAGGUUACCUACGUGAAAGGAUGGACUGCCAGGUUACUCCGAGAAAAUGGGUUCCGCAAUCUAAGAGCAUUGGCAGAGGCUGAUGCGAAGGACCUUGUUCCUAUACUUAUGAUGGUGUGGCAAACUUUGAUGGCAGUAAACCCGCGGAAGACCCAGAAGAAUCAACUGCACCCAGCGGAGGCCGAGCGCUAUGCUAAAAAGUUGCUUGCUAAGGCGGAGGUCAUUGUUGCAUCGGCAAACAAGAUAUGGGGUACGUAUGGCUGA